CAAUAGUCCUCUAAACACUCAAUGCCAAGUCGCUUUGCUCAACACCAAACACUCAUUCUUUAAAACCUUCACUCACUGAAACCAGUCAUUCUUUAGCUAUGGCUACUCUUCUUGGAGGAACUUCCUCCUCUACACUGGCAAUUCUUGCUUCUAAACCUUUUUUGUCUUCUCACCCCUCCAAGUCCUCCAUCUUCUCCCUCUCCCCUUCAUCAGGGUUGAGUGUGGGGAAGAAGUUCUAUGGAGGGAUUGGGUUGCGAGUGAACAAGGGGAGGCCUCAAUUCCAUGUCUCAAUUUCAAAUGUUGCCACUGAAGCUACCCCUGCUCAAGAACGGGCUAAGAAGCUUGCAGCGAGUGAAAGCAGGCCAGUUUAUCCCUUUUCUGCUAUAGUAGGACAAGAUGAGAUGAAAUUAUGUCUUUUGCUCAAUGUGAUUGAUCCAAAGAUUGGAGGUGUAAUGAUUAUGGGUGAUAGGGGAACUGGGAAGUCCACUACGGUUCGAUCGUUGGUAGAUUUACUUCCUGAAAUCAAAGUAGUUGCUGGUGAUCCGUUCAAUUCGGAUCCAGAUGAUCCGGAGGUAAUGAGUGUGGAAAUCCGAGAGAAGAUUACGACGGGUGAAGACCUUCCCGUGGUGCUGACCAAAAUCAACAUGGUUGACCUGCCACUAGGUGCUACCGAGGAUAGGGUAUGUGGGACAAUCGACAUUGAGAAGGCUCUCACUGAGGGUGUAAAAGCUUUUGAGCCCGGGCUUCUUGCGAAAGCUAAUAGAGGAAUUCUUUAUGUCGAUGAGGUCAAUCUGUUGGACGACCAUUUAGUGGAUGUGCUUUUGGAUUCUGCUGCCUCGGGAUGGAACACGGUUGAAAGAGAGGGAAUCUCGAUUUCACAUCCUGCUCGGUUUAUUCUUAUUGGCUCUGGAAAUCCCGAGGAAGGAGAGCUUAGGCCACAGCUUCUCGACAGGUUUGGAAUGCAUGCGCAAGUGGGAACAGUCCGGGACGCAGAACUGCGAGUAAAGAUCGUCGAGGAGAGAGCUCGCUUUGAUAAAAAUCCCAAGGAAUUCCGGGAGUCUUACAAGGCCGAGCAAGAGAAGCUCCAGAACCAAAUUGCCUCAGCUAGGAACUCCCUUUCUUCUGUUACAAUCGACCAUGAUCUCCGCGUCAAAAUCUCCAAGGUCUGCGCUGAAUUGAACGUUGACGGAUUGAGGGGUGACAUAGUCACGAACCGGGCUGCAAGAGCAUUGGCUUCGCUGAAAGGAAGAAACGAAGUAACUUCUGAGGAUAUUGCAACUGUAAUCCCUAACUGCUUGAGACACAGACUCCGUAAAGAUCCAUUGGAGUCCAUCGACUCAGGGCUACUUGUCAUCGAGAAAUUUUACGAGGUUUUUAGUUGAGGAACAGGUUUUGGACGACAUUAAGAUCUAUCGUUUCAUUUCAUUACAUUUACAAUUGCAUUUUGAUGCGCUAUUAUUGCACUUAGUAUCUAUUUUGUCAAGUUUGCAUUAUCUGAUUUCCAAGCAGGCCAAAUGACAAGGCUGCUGGAUUUGGCCUUUAGGCAUAUUAGUGAAUAGUGAUCAAUGAGGUAAAACAAUACCCCCCACCCCACCCAAUUACAUUGUUCAUUGUUACAUAACAUAUCAAAGUUUUAGCCUCUUCUGUAUUGUGAAAUUCUGAAGUCCAUAUUGAUCAUAUUCCGUUUUUUUUC